UGCAGUUGCUGUCUACUUUCUUCGAAUUAUUUGAGCAAGAAUGUCCAAUUUUACGAUCAAUAUAAGGUUUUUUAGAAGAAUUCUCAACCAGAGACCUCUUUUGCAAAGGAAUGUUUUGUUAUUCAAACAUGACAUUCCCAGAUUUAUUUCCAACACAGUACAGACCGUAGAUGAAAAACCAGCAUGGAUUGAUGUCAGCGAAUCCAGCACAUACAGUGAUCUAAUUGACAGCUUUGUCGUGUACAAUGACUUCAUUUCAGAAGAAGAGGAAUGUUCUUUGAUGAAUGAACUGGACCCAUACAUGAGACGAUUAAGAUAUGAAAGAGAUCACUGGGAUGAUGCUAUACAUGGAUACAGAGAAACAGAAAGAAGGCAGUGGAAUGCAGAGAACAGCAGUAUUUUGAAGAGAGUAUCAGACAUUGCUUUCCCUCCUACAGUAUCUAAGUUAGCUUAUGUACAUAUACUAGAUCUGGAAAAAACUGGAGUAAUAAAACCACACAUAGAUGCAGUCAGAUUUUGUGGAAACACUAUUGCAGGAUUAUCAUUGUUGUCAACUGCUGUAAUGAGACUUACACAUGAUAAAGAUGAUUCAAAAUGGGCAGAUAUUUUGCUUAGCAGAAGAUCUUUAUAUAUUAUGAGGAACAAUGCCAGGUACCUUUAUAAACAUGCUGUGCUUGAUGAAAAUGAAUCAAAUUUUAAGGGACAGAAAAUUCAGCGAGACAGAAGAGUAUCAGUGAUAAUGCGAAAUGAACCAGAUAAAAAUAUUCCAAAUAGUUAGCAUCUAAUCAUAUUGCUGACAAUAAAUUUGUAAAAUGUUUAUUGGAAAAUUUUGUCUCUAACUGCUGUAGUGGAAGGAAUUUGUCUCUUUCUUUAUACAAAAAAUAUAUCAUUUCAUUAGGAAUUUCGAAA